AUGGCCCAGGUGGCUGCCGACCAGAUGGAGCGAUGGCUCGGAAUCAAGGCAACUGUGCAGCCCGAGGAACCCGCCGCAGGGUAUGUUCGCUACGAGUCUGGCGACUGGAAACUCGGUUUUCAUGGGAAUGGCAUCUUGGUUAUGGAUCCGGACCAGCUCGUGGCCGGCAGCUACCUUACCAAGGCCACCCGUAACUACAGUGGAUGGGAGCCGGCGGAAAUCCGGGACCUGUAUGACAGGCAGCAGGUCGAGACCGACCUCGAAAAGCGUCGUGAGCUGGUUCUUGAGAUAGGCGACUAUUUGGCCGAUGUGGACAACCAUUUGGUCAUCACGGAAUGGGCGAUGCCUGAUUCCCUACGUGGACAACAGGAUCAAGAACUACAACAUCGCGUCCGGCUUUGCCAACCAUACCAACAAGGAACAUCUCUGGUACGAGGAAUAACAUUCACAAUGCCGGGGCGGGCGAAGGCUUGCUCCGGCUUUCACUCGGCUAAUUAG